UGUAGCAAGUUAAGUAAACAAAGAAGAUGCAUGAGAAAACGAAAAGGCAAAGUUGAUAAUCCAAGCCUGAUCUAGGCAAUAUUUUGCCAGCGUGAGUGGAAGAAAUGUAAAAUGACCAACCGAAUGGUACUGGCAAUGGCGGAGACUAAGUUUUGGCUCUUUACCCUGCUGCUUGUUGUUAUGGUGUUUUUGCCUUGGGUUUCGUGUUCCCCGAUUUCCCAGUGCAGCCCAACAGAGUUUUCAGUGACCGUUGAGUCGAUGGCACGUCAUCAAAAGGCCAAAAGAUUCUUGCUAAUCACCGAAAAUCUUAACGGUGAAUUCAGUCUGUCCUUCACUGGGAGGAAAGGAGCAUCAGGAACAAAAUUCAUCUGCAAAAGAGAAUGUUCUGGUCAAAACCUAAUGUAUUCCUUCAGACCCUCCAAAAAGCCGGACUUCAUCUUAGCUGUGGAGAAUGGACAGUUGAUGGUAAAGAAUGCAUCGACAGUGCGGGAUCCUACAGACACUAAGUUUGAAAAGAAAAAGAUCGUAAUGACAUACCAUGACAGUGACCGAAACUCGGAGGUUAACAUGGAAUAUGACGCACUGAUGUCUUUAUCCGGACCUCGAGCGGUAAUUAGGGGCCACCACAAGUCCGGAAAACUGUUCCUAGACAAGAAAAAGAACUGGAAAGACUGUCGCGCGUGGGUUAAAAUAGACAUUAUAUAGUGGUGCGUCCACUUAGCAAUAUUCAAUUCAAUCAUCUUUCAUAACUGCACUUGUGCAGAUUACUGAAAUGGUUUUUUUUUUUAUAUAGUCGGACAUGGCUCAUUGAACUAAAACUUAAAUAUGCACACACUUCGGGGUUUUUGACCCUUGUUAAUCUUGAAAAACAGUACAAUAUUAGUGGUAAAUGGCGCUUACCGUAUUUACUUGUGCCUAAUUAAUUUAACCUUAACUUUAUGAGGAAGUCAUUUACUUACAUCAGAACGAAGCUCUGGAACAAUCUGCAUUCAAGUGUAAACAGACCAUCAAUGUUGCCCAUUUUAAUGUGUAAACUUAGAAAAUAAGACUUUUCAUAUUUUUUUUUAAAUUCAACUACACUCCGUAGAGUACAAAUACCGCCCAAGACGAGUACAAAUAUC